ACAGCAGAGAGCGCCCCUGUCUGCAGCGGGCAGCUAGCCAUGCCCUGUUAGGUGUUUUCUCCAUCUGAACCUGAACCUUGGACAUCACCUCCAGGACUCCAGACUCACCUCCAGACUCCUUUUGGGCAACAUGGAGGAAAAGCGGCCGCACUCCUUCCACAUGACAUGCCACGUGCAACGUGACUAUGGCAGCAGGCUGGGGAGCUCCUUCAUACGUUGCAGCCCUAACGGAUACGCCAGCACGAACCUAAGCAUGGACCAGGACAUGGAUGCUGAUCCGGCAGAAGCCUCAAGCUGCACGACAGCUACUUCUUUUGCCCUGCGGGCUCCUGAGCCUGAAAGAAGCCACUACUCUCCUGUUGCACUGGAACUGGACCCCACAUUGGUGAAUAAUGGCUCAGGCAUCCCCUGCCGUCCACCAGCGGAGGACACAAAGGACCCUGCACUUGGGACAACAAACAGCCGACCCUCUAUCACCACUAUCCAACAGCCUCUCCCUCUUUCGAGCUGGUUGCAUCAUCACCAGAAGGAGUUCCAGAGCCCUUACAUCAAGACUAGCAUGCAGGGGGAUGUUUACAACUUCCUAGAGAGGCCUGCUGGAUUGAAAUGCUUCCUUUACCACUUCCUGGUCUUCGUCAUGGUCCUGGUGUGUCUGAUCUUCAGUGUGCUGUCCACGAUAGAGCAAUAUGCAGACUUCGCCACAGGAACCCUCUUCUGGAUGGAGAUCGUGCUGGUGCUGUUCUUUGGCACGGAGUACGUGGUUCGGCUGUGGUCGGCUGGCUGCCGCAGCAAAUAUUCCGGCAUCAAAGGACGCCUCAGCUUUAUCAGGAAGCCCAUAUCAAUCAUAGAUUUGAUUGUGGUCAUUGCCUCGAUUAUUGUGCUCGGUGUGGGGUCCAACGGACAAGUUUUUGCCACAUCUGCCAUCAGGGGCAUCCGUUUCCUCCAAAUCCUGCGCAUGCUGCAUGUUGAUCGACAGGGAGGAACAUGGAGGCUUCUGGGUUCUGUAGUUUUUAUCCAUCGACAGGAGCUGAUCACCACCUUGUACAUCGGCUUCCUGGGCCUGAUCUUCUCCUCCUACUUUGUCUACCUGGCUGAGAAAGAUGCCGUGGAUGAGGAGGGCAAGACCGGCUUCUCCAGCUACGCCGAUGCCCUGUGGUGGGGCGUGGUGACUGUCACCACCAUUGGCUACGGAGACAAAAUCCCUCAGACGUGGAUAGGAAAAGCCAUCGCCUCCUGCUUCAGUGUUUUCGCUAUCUCCUUCUUCGCUCUGCCUGCUGGUAUCCUGGGCUCAGGCUUUGCUCUGAAAGUCCAACAGAAGCAGAGACAGAAGCACUUCAACAGACAGAUCCCUGCAGCAGCCUGCCUCAUACAGACACUCUGGAGGUGCUACUCAGCAGAGAAACCAAACGGCUGUGCUGCGACAUGGAAGAUGUACGUUCUCACUCCAGAGGCCGUCACACAGGUGGAACCUGAAUCCAGCCCUUACGUCAGGAAACUCAACUUAUCGAAAAAAGGGACCAAGAGGAGGUUGAAGUCCAGAGGAAACGACUCUAUCAUGGUGGCAUCAGAGCAGACUGUCUCCAUCCCACAGAUCACCUACGAUCACAUCAACGACUCUGACGAGAAGAAAGACGCCUCGUAUUUCCUGGAACAGCCUGGAGGACCAGUUGAAGGAAUGACCAGAAUGUUCAGACAAACAGUCAGGAAGAAUCUUGAUCACAGCACCUCCAUCAGCUUCUCCCGUGCUAACAGCAUAACAGAUGAGCUGGACUACAUGAGCGAGGACAUGCCCCAGCCCGUGCUGAACGCCAAAACUCAGUUGUCCCAUGCCCAGAGAUCAGCUGUGAAAGUCCUCCGCAGAAUGCAGUACUUUGUGGCCAGGAAGAGAUUUCAGCAAGCGCGGAAGCCGUAUGAUGUGCGAGACGUGAUCGAGCAGUAUUCCCAGGGUCACCUCAACAUGAUGGUCCGCAUCAAGGAGCUGCAGAGGAGGCUGGACGGCACGCUGGGGAAGCCAGGAAUGUUUCUUCCAGGAAAAGGGGAAGAUAAAGAAUACCCAACCAUCGGUGCACGGCUGAUCAGGCUUGAAGAUAAGUGUGCUCAGCAGGGGAGCCGAACUGACCAGGCCGGGCUAAACAAAGAGAGGAAAAGGAAGCGCUUGCACGCAUACAAACGCACACACGCAAAUCCUGGAACACACAGCUUCACUGCAGUGGCCGAACACUUUUUUUUUUUUACUGCCCUGUGCUGCAGACAAGCACAAAACCAGCACAAACAGAAUCCCUGUGCAUGUCUGGACUUGUCCUAGCAGUUCCUUCUGAUUAAAUCUCUUAAUCCAAUUCUUCACAAAUGUCUUUUCACCUCCAGUGAAUGUUUCUGGAAGGGGAAUAAAAGAUGUAAAUCUGUACACGCUUGAGUUGCGGUUUGAUUUCAGUGCAAGAUGGUACUGAAGGAACAUUUUAAUUUAUCCUUUUAGGCAAAUGUUCUCUCUUUCUGGACAAGGAGGCCAAAGGAGUAAUGGUUCUCAAUUUACCACAAGAGACAAAUUAGAGCACAGACUUUAACACAGUGUGCUGCUUCUGAUAGGAUUUUUGAUUCAAAGCUCCUGUCUGGCAUUUUUAGCUGGUGAUGAAACCGAUUGAAAUGAAUACUAAUGGAUCUGUGUGACCAACAAAAGUA